AUGAUCAUCCAGUUGAUCCUUGUUUGCAGUCUCUUCUAUAGUUGGCUCUCUCAGACGGCUAGUGCUUGGACUAUCAACCGAUAUCUAUUCUCCGGUAGAAGAAUAACGUCACUUUCUUCGGCAGCCUUUGAUUUCUCCUCUCCUGCCGAAUGGGACAAAUUUUAUCAGACCGAAGAGGAAACCAAUCAAGAGCACGUGGAAUGGCACUCUAGCAUUCCUUUGGAAACGAUAGCAUCCUAUGUUACACCAGAUAGUAAAUGUCUGAUACCAGGAUGUGGGAAUUCCAGGCUUCCUGAUGUACUCUUGGCGUCAGUACCUGGAAUCCGAAUUUCCUUGCAAGAUUCCUCAACUAUUUGCAUGUCCCAAAUGGAGAAAAAGUAUGGAUCAUCGAUCGAAGGAUAUUACUGCGGGGAUGCAACCAAACUACAAGAUCAGUUCCCGUCGAUGGAAGAAAAGUUUGACACGAUCCUUGACAAGGGACUUUCGGAUGCUCUAUUUUGCAAUGAAGCCUGGGAUUAUUGGAUCUCUAGCCUGCUACGAGGUGCUUGUAAGAUCCUAAAAGAAGAGACUGGGAUAUACUUGCUCAUUAGCUACAAACUACCAAAAUCGACGCAAGAGUUUCUACAAGAAUUGGGAGCGGAGAUUGGGCUCGAGUGGACCUUUGACGUACUGGAAUAUUCCAACAACCGAGUCGGCCUUUCCAUGGCUAAAAAGGCAUAA